GAUGGCAGAACACGUGAAGUUUGGAUGUAAAUUAUAUAUUCAAAGACAAGACUUCAACUUUCAAGAACCAGCGCAGCAGCUGGCGUGUUGUUUUUUUACAUUUCAAAUACACAACACCCAACAGAACAAGUUGUGUGCGGUAAAAAGUUCCUUUCUCGUUCGUUCUUGGCAAUCAUGGGUGUUUACGGCAGAUACGGCAAGGUAGUGUGUGUCAUUUCGUCUAUCCAGAUCGGCCUGGGUGGAUUGAUGAUCUGCCUCGGCAUCGCUUUGCGUGUCACUGUGUGCAGCUGGGUCACAGACGCUUCGUUUGGAUUCUGGGUCGGAUUUUUGGUUUUAAUCGGAGGAAUCUUUGGCUAUUGCAGCGCCACAAAAGACAACUACACCUACAUUUCCUUGUAUCUGGGCUCGAAUUCGUUCAGCAUCAUGUUCACCAUGCUGGCAAUAUUUUGUCAUUCGAUUGCCUUCGUUCACUUCAACCACCAGAUGCAACCGCUCCCGCCAAGGAACCACACAAACGCCACCAACUCCACCAACAGUUCACUAACAACAGCAACAUGGAAUAUGAAUUCUCCAAUCAGGAAUCGACGGGGCGCCAGAACCUAUCAGCAACCCCAAUCCUCCCUUAAACAAAAAUAA